AUGAGCGCGGAGAGAGAAAGAAGAUUCUUCCUAGCCUCGUGCUGCUUUUGGUUUCUUUUGUCAGGCAUAGAAUAUAGUAUAGUGCUUCCAACGAUUCUGUACUACUUUCAAAGUGUCGGCGCGGGAAUGAGCUACCACGGAUAUGGAAUUGCUGCUCUGGCGUUUAGUGCGAUGCUCAGUGCUCCAAUCUACGCUAGAAUCGGCGAUAAGCUAAUGUCGUGCAAGAUGGUCUUGCAAGUGGGAAUCGUGUUUUCGAUCGUUGGAAACUUUGUAUAUUUCGCGUUUCCAAAGGCGAAUUUGAUCGUCCUGGCGAGAAUGAUUUCGGGACUUGGAUGGGGACUAGAAGGUGCUCUAAUGGGUCAAAUCGGCAGAACAUACAACCAAGAAAAUAAGACCAAAUCGUUGGCUCUUGCUCUUAUCACUCGCCAAGCUGGAAUCAUUGCUGGCCCGCUUUCCGUGCAGUUCUUUGAAAAUAUCAAAUUUUCCUUCACUGUUUUCGGGCUUUAUAUUGAUGUAAAUCAACACAACUUUCCCGGCUUUCUUCUUUGUAUCGGAUGGGCAAUCGUCUGGAUCUACAUGCUACUGUUCUACCGCGAUGCGGAGGCGCAGCCCGACGAAAACUGCAACUAUCUGCUCGGAAUCGUUCAAGAACCAAUCGUCGUCGCCGCUGUUUGCUCCUUCGCGACGUACUUGUUGCAGAGUGGGAUGGAGUCCCUUAUUACGCCAUUUACGAGCCACUUCUUUGGCUGGGAACCAAAGGAGAACGCGUUUAUGUACACUGUUGUUGGCCUGAUCUCGUUUCUAGGUUAUUUAAGUAUUCAAUUUCUCACAAAAUGCACUGACGAUCGUCACACUCUACUCGCCGGAAUUUCCGCCUGUGCACUAGUCUUGUUGAUGAUCAUCGCAAUCAUCCCCAUCGCGACGUUCCGCGCCGAGUGGGUCUAUCCACUGUUCUACAUCGGAAUCUUUCUCUUCUGCUGGUUCCUCCCUUACGUCGUCUCUUCAUCCGCUUCCAUUCUUUCCAAAGCAGCUUCAAAGGAACAGCAAUCGCAGGCCCAAACGAUCCGCACUUGCGGCGAAGUUGGCGCCCAAAUCUUCGGCCCUUUUUGGGUCCCUUCCAUCUUCGAAAUCUCCCAAUCGCCCGGAAUGGGCAUUUUUGAAUCUUCAAUUCUAAUGUGGCAACUUAUCUUUAUGACGCUGUGUAUGGCAUUGACGAUAAUCAGCUGGGAUUAUAUGAAGCCAGAAGACGUGGAGCCGUAUUUGGACCCAAUCCUUCCGAGCGACGGGCUGGACCCAGUUGCCGGGCUGGCCAAGUACGACGAUGAUUUGCUCGCCUCUCAAGCGUCGCUCCCGACUUCUAUGAUUUCGUCCCUUGCCGAAUUGAAUAAAAGAUGCGCUUUUGAGAAAAAGGAAGGGAUGAUCAUCGUUUGCAGCAAAUUAGAGAAUGACCCGCGCGUUGCUGCCUCCGUCGCCUGGUUGAUCCAGAGCGGCAAACGCACGAAAUUCAUGAGUGAAGAUGGUAUCAUGAACUGGCUAGAGCACAGGGAGGAUGAAACGCUAACUACCGUCGUUCUCGGCGAGUUCUGGGGACAUUCGGUUUAUCCUGCCUUGGAAAAUACGUCGAAUAUCAAUGUGUUAGGAAGGACGAUCUUUUUAGAGCGUUGCGAGCACCGCAAAUCCCUCCCAACGCGUCUUCGCCAUCCUCUCUACUGUUCUGCCUUUGAGGGCCUCAAUGUCGUGCUUAACACUUGCGGUAGGCCGAAUAUGGAGAACAGAAUCCAACGAAUUCGCUGGAUGGGCGGCAAAGUCUACGAGAAAAUAGAUUCAAACAAUAACAACAACAUAAACAGGCUGAUUGCGACACGAGUUCAUGGCCCGAAUUUCAGAAAAGCGGUUGGACUUGACAUUCCUUGCGUUUCGCCUAAAUAUGUUCUUGAUUGUUGGGAUGAGAAACGGCAUCUUCCGUCAUUCCGCGCUUCUGAUCCUGAAUACACAAAGAUGUACAAACGAAAGGCAUUCGAAGAGUGCAAAAUCUACUUUCACUGUUUCUCCCAAAAAGACGAAGAGGAACUAGAGAAAUAUACUGUCAAGCUUGGCGGAGAACGAGCCCAAGAAGCGCUCAAAGCGACGCAUAUUCUUUGCGCGGUGGAUUCGCCGCCAUUGACAGCUAAACUAGAUGAAAGAGUUUUUCCUGUAACGUACGAGUGGUUUUGGCACUCGAUUCAAAUCGAAGCCCGAGCUGGUGAGCGAGCCUAUCGCCCAGAAAAUUGGGAACCAGAAGAUUUAACCAGCUUGAGUGAGAAUACAUCCGCGUCUGAUCUUCAAAAGAGUCGCAGCUUUGACAGAACUCUUUCACCAACAAGUAUUCUUGAUGAAGUUGUAAAUACGAGCGUGGUUACAGCCCAAAGGAAACGUACUAACGAGCAAUUAUCCGACACGUCACCAGAUAGACUAUCACAACAAGAGUCCAGCAAAGAAUCGUCAGUUAUCAGCGAGAUUCUGGCAAGAACUGCCAGCUUGUCCACUCGUCCGACGCGUUCGGAUUUUUAUGACUCGCCGACGCGCGUAAAAAGUCGAGAGCGUUUUGUCGGAGAGCCACAGAAAAAACUUUCAAAAGCAAUCGCCCGUGAACUACUCGAAACCGAAGAAAAUUACCUAAACUUAUUGCGUUUUACCGUCAACGACCUGAAAGAAGCACUCGUCGCACAACCCUCAAAAAGCUCUGGUCCGAUAUUGGAUAGUCUUACUGCGAAGACUAUUUUUGGCAAUCUUCCGGGCAUUUUAGAGCUUCAUGAAUCGAUCUUCAAGGAUUUGCAAAAAACAGUGGAUGAAAUUGCCCUUGGGAAACAGGGGCAUAUUGGCGAAUGCUUCGUAAAUCAUAGCAAAAACAUGCAGACAGCAUACCGUCAAUACGUCGGUUACAUGGACGCAUCCAAACAAGAGCGCACCUAUCAACGAGAAGAGAACGACCGGUUUACGGCUUUCCUGAAACUGAAGGAGCGAUCUGCGCCUGGACGACAGGGUCUCGAUGGGCUGCUGAUGGCUCCCGUUCAGCGAUUACCGAGAAUCAGCCUGCUUCUCAAGCAAUACAAAAAAGAAGUCGAAGCAGAAGACAACGCGUCAAAAGAGCUCGAUGAAGCGAUCGAACAAGUACACAAAAUCACACUAGAAGUAGACGAAUUCACAGCAGUUCAAAACUCCUACCGGGAAAUGUUCGCGAUCGCAAACGAGAUCGAAAACUGUCCAACAACGCUGUAUUCUGGAAAUCGCCAAUAUAUCGACAAAGUAGAGGCGAUUUGCGUACGCGAGAAUCCAUACGCAAGAGUUGGUGAUCAAAUGAUCCUGUUGAUAUUCAAUGACUGUGUUGAAAUUACAAAGAAAAAGAGAUCCAGAGGCGGCUCCUUCAGACUCGGUAAAUCUGAUACGAGGUCAGGUUGUCCGGCGAAAAAGAUCAACUACUCACACCGUGAAUUGGUAAAUUUCUCCAACCCAGCUCCGGGAGGGAAACAACAAAGUAGCACGAUCUGUCAAGUGAUGGAUAUCCUCGAUUCAGAGCGCAAUUUCGUGAUCACACAUCGACACCCAAUUUACGCUGAGCAAAUCGGAAAAUUGGCAGACCCAUCGCGUCAUCGCGGUUUGAUGAAGGGUUUGGGACGAAAAAUGAGUUUCCGUGGAGACGACGAUACCUAUUCGCUAAAGCGAUACGAUUCACAGGCGUCUUUGGCAUCUUACACUUCCAUGAUAAGUAACUACAGCGUACAGUCUGAAUUUACAUCUCCAAAUCAGUUUGAAUCGAGGUCCCGAGCAAGCUCUAUGUUCGACCAGCGCCUAAAGCCGUCCACUUCCAUGUUCAAUCUCCCGGAUAUUCCAAAGAAGAUGGGCCGAACGUUCAAAAACCCGCUCAAAAAGAUGGUCAACGCGUUCGUCCGGCCGCACAGUCCGAAGUCCCUUCUGAGUUCAAAGAAGUCACAACCCGCCCAGCCCUCACCACUCACCGAUAUGAACAAGAAUUCUUAA